AAUUGGCCAUCGUGUGCAGAGAUUGAGCAAACCGCUCUGUGUUUUCCGUAGGAGGAGUCUGACUGUAGAUCAGAGCUGUUAUUUCCGUUCACAUGGAGAACACGGAAACGUUCAGCACGCGACGGGGAACACACGGCAGACUCGCGAUUUAAAUAACGGAGUUUCCUCAGUAAACCGGACCUGAGAGAGCAGCAACCUUGCGGUCUGGAUCAUCAUGAUUCAGCCGGUCUUCUGGUUUCUUUGUCUUUGUGUUUUGAGGACGGGCGUCUCUUCUGUGUCCGUCCCUCGGGCCACGGCGCAGUCAGAUGUUCAGUGUCACGACUGGGGUGUAAGCAGUGAUGGAUCAGUGCGUGUAUAUGAUGGAGAGGCGGCUCCUCUUUACUGUCCUCUCUUCUCUCAUCCGACGCUGUACAGUUACAGUCAGACACAGAACAGCAGUCUCUCUUUAUUGUGGUACAGACACACACAAACACAUGAACUGGAACAACCCAUCAAUCUGAAGUUACACACGCUAUACAAAGCCCGGGAAUAUCUCUGGAUCCAACCGGCUACGACACAGGACGCUGGACUCUAUAUCUGUAUGCUUCGUAACAUUUCCUCAUGCGUGAAGAUUGGUGUGGAGCUGGAGGUCAUUCAGCGUAAUGGCACCUGUGACAUCAAAGCUCAGCCGAAUUUAAACCUGACCGUACCUCUCCAGAGUGAUCGAACCCUCAGCUGUCCUGACCUCCGGACGCUCACACUGCCAAACAGUACAUACACCGUCACCUGGUACCACAAGUGCAGCACUGAUUUAUUUGCGUAUCGGUACGAUAUAGAGUUGAAAGGAGAUGAAGUUGCAAUUCACAGAAUGAUGGCGGCUUAUGCCGGCCCCUACACAUGUGUGGUGUCUUAUCAGAUGAACGGACGCAAGCUUAAUUUUACACGCACAAUAAACAUCACAGUCGUUGUUCCUACUGUUGGCAGUAAAGUUCCUGUUAUUCUGAACCCUGCCAAAGAUCAGAAUUACACUGUGACUGUGGGAGAAACUGCGAAACUGUCCUGUAGGGUGCAUCUGCCAUACCUGGAUACGGGCACACAAGAGAUUUGGUGGACCAUCGAUAAAAAAACCGUUGAACAACUCGGCGACCCACGAUUCACUUCACCCGAGUCCAAACUGGUGUCAGAAUAUCAUGGAGAUGAAACCAGAGAGCGACUCUUGUAUGUGUCAGAUUUCUCCUCUGAUGAUCUGCAGAAGGAGUUUAACUGCUCAGCUCGAAACAGUCGAGGAUUCAACACCAGCAGAGCUCACCUCGAGUUAAAGGUGUAUGUCCCCACACUUGAGCUGGGUUGUGGGUUAGGUGUGACUCUUGCUCUCAUGUUGAUGAUGUUUGUCAUCUAUCACGUCUUCUGGUUGGAGCUUCUGUUGCUUUAUCGCUCCUGGUUCGGCUCUGAUGAGAGAUACACAGAUGAUAAACAGUAUGACGUGUACAUCUCGUACGCACGAAACAGCGAAGAGGAGGAGUUUGUGCUGUCGACGCUGCGUCGCGUUCUGGAGACGGAGUUCGGUUACUCCGUUUGUAUUUUCGACAGAGACAGCCUCCCUGGAGGAAAUAUGAUGGAGUCGGUGCUCAGGUGUAUGCAGGCGUGCCGCAGGCUGCUGGUGGUGUUGAGCUCAGACUGUCUGUGUGAGAAGAGCGUGAGUCUGCUGGAGUGUCGUCUGUGUUUGUAUCUGCACCACACAUCUCACAUUCCCAUCAUCACCGUGAGGCGGCACGCCCUCCGGACCUCCUGCAGCGAGAUCACGGAACUGCGGAGCAUUUCCACAUGCGUCCGAUGGCACGGAGCCCGGUCUGAGCGGCCCAACUCACGCUUUUGGAAACUUUUGCGAUUGACUUUGCCCCUACGACCCAUCUCACUCGGUAAGAGACUCAUUGAUAGCACCUCCUCGCACUCAGACCUGGCAUCCAUGGCUACACGGCACAUGCAGCCAGUUUCUCUCAGACACUGCCAGAGCAGUAAAGCUCCGAAGGGCGUUAGAGGCCAUGAAGGUCGUGUAGGCCUCAGGCAUCUUGGAGUAAGACAGACCCGAGAGGAUCGAGGUGGACAGGUUUGUGAGCAGAAUGGGCAAGGCUGUGUGAUCUGUGUGAACUUUCAAGAGAGUCGUAGGAUUUGGGGUGGGGUUCUUGCACCCCAGUGGAACACACACCUGCACUUGCCUGUGACCAAUGGAACAAUACCACACAACACACACAACAACAGUACUGAAACUCAAAAUAACCCCUGCAAUGACCUCUGCCCCUGUGAGCCUAUCAACAACAACAACCAGAUCAAUGAACUUCAAACAACUCACUGUUGACGAACACACAUGAGCUUUAUUCUGGACUCUGGACUGCACACCAUCAACUUUAUUUGUCACAUACACAGUUAUAUGCACACUAUUCUUUUAGUUGUGCACUGUAACUGUAUAUGUUGUGAUCUUUUUGUGUUGACAACUGAAGAAUGAGUUUGUAUCAGGUGGUAUGUAAGUAUUUAAUUAAAUAAACUAAAUUCAAAACAUCAGACUGAUCUGAUCUCAGACCCCUGACACAAUGCAUGUACACAAUGCCUUAUGGGAAAUCUUAUCACACUAAGCAGUUUGUUACUGUAUGAGUGCAUCACACAUGUAGCAGAUGAUCCUGGCCUUUCAUGCAUACUAACUUUAUACACUGCACAGUAUACACACUAUAUACCAGCGGCCUCCA